AUGCCUCCUUACGAGGACCUCUGUGUGCCAUCCGCACACGGAGCUAGCAAGAUUGGUGGUGAAGCAGGGAGUAGUCACUUGUACAGAUGCCGACCUCUCUCGGCCCGGAACGCGUAUGAGGAGCGGAAGAAGUUUAAUAGCAGGAUGAACUCGCUCCGGAAGUCGUCACUGAUGAGCCCGUCAACGACAUAUCCGUACGAGACAGUGCUAACUCAGCUCACGAGUUCAAUAGACACGAAUCACGAGUUCGAUGCAGGAAGCCGGCUCUCAUUCCACAAUUUCGACGGCAAUUCCGAAUGUGAAUAA